CCACCCCGAUUUAAUUAUGCCGACGCCCGACAGUUGGCCGCCAAGCCGGCUCCGGAUAUAUUUCAAAACCGGACAACGCAGUGGCCAAAGCGCUCAGUCGGCCCGCGUCCGCCGUGUUAGCCACACCACCAAAAGGAUCUUCGAGGGAUCAGGCCGCAUCGCAAUGGCCCGAAUGUUAAUGCCAUCAGCAACAGUGAGUGUCGGUGCCCGGAGCUGGACAUUGUGCGGAGCUGUACUGCUGUUCGUCCUGCCGCUGAUCCCAACGCCGGAGGCACUGCAGCACACAGAGGAGGGCCUAGAGAUGCUCUUUCGUGAGCGCUCCCAAUCGGACUGGGAGAAUGUGUGGCAUCAGGAGGCACACUCCCGGUGCCGGGACAAGCUCGUCCGUCAGCUAUACUGGGCCUGUGAAAAGGAUAUUUACCGGCUGACACGACGCAAUAAGAAAAGGACGGGCAACGAUGAGUCCUGGCUCAAGAAGAGCUCCACAGAUCCAAAUGGCUCCACCUGGCUGCAUGUGAACUAUGCAAAUAUGUUCCUCAGAAGUCGUCGAUCGGAUGCUCCGUCCAUUACAAAUGAAUGCUGCACCAAGACGGGCUGUACCUGGGAAGAAUACGCCGAGUAUUGUCCAUCCAAUAAGCGACGCAAUCACUACUGAAUUACCAAAUCUGCAUAGUAAUACUUGAUACUUAUAUAUAUAAUAUUCGCUUUUUUUCCG